CUGCAGUCACCUGCUCCGAGAGCCCCCAGUAGCGGCAGCCCUGGGGCGAUGGGCAGUGGGGCCGCGGCUCCUCCUCUUCUCCCCCCUCCGCUGCCUAUCCCGUAGGCCGGGGGGUGUCCUUUCCCCCUCCCCGGGGCUUCAGAGGGGCAGCCUUGGCACGGGCCGAGCUGAGGCAUGAAUGGUCCGGUCUUCGCAGAGCCCCAUGGAGGAGGAGCCGCCGCCGCCCUAUUCCACGCCCACGCCGCCCCCUCCCUCCGCCUCCAAGAUCGCCCAGAUGAGCAACCUGACGAGCCUGGGGGCCGCCCGCGGCGGGGGCAGCCUGCGCCCAGAGGCUGCCCUGGACUCGGGCUCCCCGUCCAGCCCUGUGCGGGUCGCGAGCUUCCACGCGGCCGUGAUCUCCUUUACCACCGUGGCGGCCGCGGUGGCCGAGGCGCGGGUGAGCCGGGAUGGCGGCGGCAGCGGCAGCGGCAGCGGCCUGGCUGGGGGGGAGAAGGCUGGCCCGGGCAGCAGCCUCCCCAGCAGCAGCAGCAGCAGCAGCAUCCCCAGCCUCGGCAGCAUCCCCAGCGAGGAUCCCGUCCCGGCGGCGGCGGCCGGGGCGAAGCGGCUGCUGCUGGAGCCCUGGGCGGCCGUGGCGGCGCAGGCGCUCGUGCUGCUGCUCAUCUUCCUUCUCUCCAGCCUGGGCAACUGCGCCGUGAUGGGGGUGAUCGUGAAGCACCGACAGCUCCGAACGGUCACCAACGCCUUCAUCCUGUCGCUGUCCCUCUCUGAUCUGCUCACCGCCCUGCUCUGCCUGCCCGCUGCCUUCUUGGCCCUCUUCACUCGCCACGGCGCCGGCUUGGACGGGCCCCCAGCCGCUCGUCCCUGGCGGCGCUUUUGCGCCGCCAGCCGCUUCUUCGGCUCCUGCUUCGGUAUAGUGUCCACCUUGACAAUGACCCUCAUUUCCCUGGACCGUUACAACGCCAUCGUGAGGCACCCUAGGGAAAAGAUGGGCUGGCGCAGGGCCCUGUUGCUCUUGGUCGCCGUUUGGCUCGUGGCAGCGGGGCUUUCUUUCCCUUGGGAUCUACUGGGGAGUUCCGAGGGGGACUGGGACGAGGAUGCGCUAGUGGGACCGAAGCAGAGUUUCCACCGCUGCCUAUACGUUUCCUAUCCAGGCCCCUCACGCUUGGGUCCCACCUACAACAUCUGGCUGAUUGUCACCUGUUACCUGUUUCCCUUUGGGAUCAUGUGUUUCUGUCUCUACCAGAUUUGCAAGACCGUGAAGUUGUCGGAAAUUAGGGUGCGACCGGUGUCAACCUACGCGCACCUGUUGCGCUUCUACAGGGAAACGCGCACAGCGACCACGGUGCUCAUCAUGAUCGUUUUCAUUAUUUUCUGCUGGGGACCAUAUUGCCUCCUGGUACUGUUCACAGCCGCAGCUGGGGCUGCGGGUGCUCAGACACCCCCAUUCCACCCCGUCCUGAAUAUCGUGGCCCUGUGGAUGGCUUGGGCAAAUGGAGCCAUCAACCCUCUCAUCUAUGCCAUCCGCAACCCCAACAUUUCCGUGCUGCUGAGGCACAAAAGGGAGGAGGGCUACAGGACUAGAAAUGUAACCGCCUGCCUGUCUAGUCACAACAGAAAUCUGGAGGCCAGAAACGCGGCGAAUCGUCUUAGAGAACGCUACGCCCACAGGCUCGGCGUGUGCAGUAGAGGAUCCUCUUGCAGUUCUACUAAUGGUGAAGGAGGAAGGGAUGUGGCCAUGUGGGCUUGUAGAAAUCCAGCCCUACUCUUCUGCAGAGAUAGUCUACCAGAGACCGCGUCAGAAAUAGCCAUGCAGCGUAAAACAGCAGACACUAGUCUCUAAAAUGGACUGUGUUCAUGGAUAGAGCCAAGUACUACCACAGGAGUAUUCUGUCCUUUACAUUUUAGGGCUUAGGGAAUUCCACUGAGGAUGACUGGAGUUUCUGAGAACCAAACAUUUUAUACUAAGAGAAACAAGAGGGAACAGGGCUUGCCAUUUCCAGAAAGCCUGACUAAAACACAUACACACACACACACACACACACACACACACACACACAAAAACCAAACCCAAACCCCACAAAAAUUAUGUUUUUGCAAAAGUGCUGAGACUGAUGUAAAUUGCAAAAAUUAGACCAACGUGACUGAUUAUUGUGAAUUGUAAGUGCCAAAAAAAAAAAAAGACCGAAAACCAAAUAUCAGACCACCUAAAGCCCAUAUGUAUAGGAAUCACACUGUGAAAAACAAAAAUACAUUGUCUUUGGAAGA